AUGAGUCGACUGAAUAGGUCGUUAUCAGCACAGCUGAUUGCUGACGGAGAUGGUCUCGGUGAAAAAUUAAGGAAAGGUACAAAAACUGCGCUCGAAACCACUAGGACAUUUGCCACACUAUUCGCAGAUAUGGAAAUUCGACAACGUCUAGUGAUGGCAUCAUCUGUUGAAGCAUUUAGGUCAACACUUCUAUCAGCUGCUAAGGAGCUUGCGAUGGAUCAAAGUCAAUGGCGAGAGCGAAAAGCUUCCAUUCACCUGAGUCAAGCUAAGGAGCAAAUUGUGGGUUAA